CGCCCUGCCCAAGUAACCGUCUCAAAUCUCUCACCACAGAAUCAAAGCCCCUCACACGGACUCGAACGACCAAACCAUCAGUUACAGUGAAAGCUCGGCUGACGAACUUCUUAUUUUCCAUUUAAAAUUGGAAGUUUGGGAUUUUUUUUAUUGAUUUUUUUUUUAAUGGAGAAAGGAGAGAGCAUUUUGGAAGCGAUCUACGAAGAGGACGAUUUAGGAGAUGACGAAGAUGUUGAGAUGCUUGAUGUAGAAGAAGGAGAGCUCGUGGAUAGUAACUCGGCAAAUGAUCUGGAAAAAAGCGACGUUGCAGAUGUUAAUGGUGAAAAUCAAGGGUACCAAAGUAAAAACAAAAAGCGCAGAGCAAAUAAGAGGAAGAACAAGAAAAAAAGGGGUGGUUCGGGACCUAAAGCUUUGGAUAUAAACAGGUUUGUGAUAGAUACUUGUAGACGGUUAAAAGAGAGGAAGUCGUACAUGGUGUACACUGCUGUGGGAUGUUUGGGGGUUUCUGCAUUGUCUGAUCUUGUUAGAGAGGUGGAUGCAAUUCAAUCUUGUGGAGGUCAGAUGACAGCUGAUGGCAGACGAUGUCGGACAGGUGGUGGCAUUUUAUGGAAUAUCAUAAAAGUGCGGGAACCUGCAGCUUAUCGAGAAAUAAUGAAAAAGGCGAAGGACUUUGAGAAGCAAUUUAAGCAACAAAAUAUCAGACAAGCACCAGCACAGAACAAAGAGAGCUCUUCUCAAGAAACUGCCUGUACACUGACUAAUGGAACUGCAGCAAGUGUUUCAGAAGAUUCUCAACUAAUUCCUCAAAACCAACAAGAGCAGUACAGUGCUGAAGGAACACGCAAAUCUGUUCAUGAUAGGCUUAGGGUCCCUGUUUCAUAUGAAGACCUUCUAGGAGAAGAUCCAAAAGAAGAUGAAUGUGAUCAUUAGAAAAAUUGAAAUUUUGCUUGGCAUCAAUUUUGCAUGAGUAGAU